AUGGUCAACGAAAGAUCACCUUUAAUGAAUUCAAAUUCGUUCAACAAGAACAUCAAAUUCCUGUUAAUCACUGCGUUAGUCCUACUAGUUACAAGACAAUUAUUCUUCAUGUCAGAACCAGCAGGAAAAGAAGUUAAUUUUAAAAUCUAUAAUCAAAAUAUUCGUUAUGAUAAUAAAAAUGCUGAUGGCAAGGGUGAAAAACCAUGGAAUAUUAGAAAAGUAGAAAUUGCUAAAUCUAUUCAAUACAAUAGUUUUAAUACAAAGACUAUUAUAACAUUACAAGAAGUUUUGAAAAAUCAAUUGGAUGAUUUAUUAAAAUUAUUGAAUGAAGGUACUGAAAAGGAAGGAUUAGAACCAAAAUGGACUUAUUAUGGUGUUGGUAGAUCUGACUGUAAGACUAAUGGUGAAUAUUCACCAAUUAUAUAUAACAAGGAAGAUUUUAAACUAUUGGAUUCUUCAACUUUUUGGUUAAGUGAAACUCCAAAUGUUCCAGGUUCAAUCGGUUGGGAUGCAAAUCAAGAACGUAUUGUUACAUGGGCUCAUUUAAAACCUCAAUGGGGUGAAGCUAUAAAUAUUUUUAAUACUCAUUUGGAUCACUUGGGUAAAAAAUCUCGUGAAGAAUCUGUUAAAUUAAUUGCAAAUAAAACAAGAUCUUAUAAUGAAGAUAUAAGUUUUAUCACUGGUGAUUUUAAUUCAGAACCAAAUGAAGAAGCUUAUCAAACUUUACAAAAGAUUUUCAAAGAUUCAAGAUUACAUAACGAUGUUAAAUAUGGAUUUGAUAAUACAUUUACUGGGUUUGAUUCUAAAUCAAGACAUAAAGUUAUUGAUUAUGUCUUUAUUGAUCCAAGAUUAGAUAGUGUCAAGGGAUUUGGAGUUUUAGAUAAUCAUUUUGAUGGAAUUUAUUCAAGUGAUCAUAGACCUGUUGUUGUUGAAAUCACUGUUUGA